AUGGAAGAGAAAAGGAUUUGUGAGAAGAUUCUAAGUUGGUUACCAGAAAAAUUUGAACCCAUUGUGGCGGUUUUGGAAGCAACAAAAUAUCUCUCUACAAUGGAAUCACAAGAGUUAUGGGCUCAAUUGAAAGUCUAUGAAGAAAGGGUGCCUCGGCACUCCGAAAAAUCAAUUGAAAGUGCUUUUCAAUCGAAAAUGAAUUUGGACACAAAAAAUUCAGCAAUGAAGAAAAAUGUGUACAAGGGUGGUUCUUCAUCUAAUUUCAAAGGAAAGGGAAAUUGGAACAAAGGAGGAGAAAGCUCUAACAACUACCAAAAGAGUGAUUCUCAACAAGUAUCAAAAUGCAACUUUUGCAAGAAGAAUGGUCAUUUGGAAAAGAAUUGUUGGAACAAAGGAAAACCCCAAUGUCGCAAUUGCAAGAAGUAUGGAUAUUCGGAGGAGGAUUGUAGAUACAAAGGAGAUGAACAAGCCGAUAGAGCGGAAGAGAAAGAAGAAAAACAAAACUUGUUUUAUGCUUGUCAAAGUGCCGUAGAAACUUCUAAAAGCGAAGUGUGGUUUGUAGAUAGUGGUUGUACAACUCAUAUGUCCGGUGAGAAGAGCUUGUUUGUUGACAUGGAUAUAUCCGUAAACUGUCUAGUGAAGAUGGGGGAUGGAAACAUGGUUCAAGCUAACGGAAGAGGUACAAUUUGCGUGCAAACUAUCAAUGGAGAAAAAUACAUUAGAGAUGUGUUAUAUGUUACGGAUUUGGAACAAAAUUUUCUUAGUGUUGGGCAACUUGUGAAGCUUGGGUAUGCCGUUCAUUUUGAAGAUGGAUAUUGUACCAUUUAUGACAAGAAACAUAAGAACAAGAGAUAA